AUGGCACUUGCAAGCACAGUUCCCCACACUGGCAAAGCCAGCCUGGAUUACUACAGGAAUGACAGCGCAGGGCUGUCUGUCAUUGGGAACCCUGCCAACGACACAGAGCUCAUGUGUGACAGGAGGCAGGUCUGGCAGUUUGCUCGAGCUUUCUUGUCCGUGUUUUUCUGGCUCAUCUUCUUUGUGGGCACGGUGGGAAAUGCCUUGGUCGUUCUCAUCUACUGCAAAUACCGCUUCAGGAGGAGCAUGAUGGACCGCUACCUGCUGCACUUAGCUGUUGCAGAUCUGCUCCUCCUUUUCACCCUCCCUUUCUGGGCCACGGCUGCCUCCAGUGGAUGGAUCUUCAGAAAUUUCAUGUGCAAAGUCGUCAAUAGCAUGUAUAAGAUCAACUUCUACAGCUGCAUCUUGUUUCUAACAUGCAUCAGUUUUGACAGGUAUAUCACCAUUGUUCAAGCAACAAAAGCUAAAUCUUCCAAGCAAAGGCGGAUCCUGCGCAGCAAACUCGUGUGCUUGGCUGUCUGGCUGGCAUCUGUCAGCCUGUGCCUCCCUGAGAUAAUGUACAGCCAGAGCAAGCAGAUCGGUGCUGUGACAGUGUGCAAAAUGGCGUACCCGCCCAAUGUUGGCAUGGCCUUCAGAGUUGCUGUCCUGGCUCUGAAGGUCACUAUAGGCUUCUUCCUCCCGCUUCUGGUCAUGGUUAUUUGCUACACCCUGAUCAUCCACACCCUCCUCCAAGCCAAAAGAUGCCAAAAGCAGAAGUCAUUGAAGAUCAUCACCAUGAUCAUCACUGCCUUUCUUCUCUCUCAGUUCCCGUACAACAUUGUUUUGCUGAUCAAGACCAUCAACAUGUACACCGGGGCUGUGUACAGCUGCCAGACCAUCAACAGGCUGGACAUUGGGCUGCAGGUCACCCAGAGCAUCGCCUUUCUCCACAGCUGCCUCAACCCCUUCCUUUAUGUCUUUGCUGGGGAGCGUUUCAGGAUGGCACUGGCCAGAAUGGUGCGGAGCACUGGCCGCUACUGGUCUAGAGGCCAGGAGCAGUGCUCCUCCUUGGGUGACAGCCAGGAGCACAGCUCCAACUGGUCCUUUGCCAUGCUGGGGCGGCGGCGGGUGAGGAACUCACUCACCCUCAGCACCCAUUUGGCCUCCUCUGUUGUUCCUGCCUCAUGCCAAGUCUUUGUGUAA